GUCGCCUUGUCUUGGCUGAAGUAUACACCAGCAUUUUCCCUUUUAGAACAGCAGCAAGAGUCUUCUUGUCAUGGUGCGGUCCCUGCCGCUGCGCAGCGGCUUCUUCAAGGCUCCAGAGCUGUCGGACGCCGACCAGGCCGAGCUGUUGGCCUGGGGCCGCUCGCUCGUGCCCGACCUGGUGCGUCAGCCUGACGUGGAGUGGACAAUGAUCAACGAGCGCAAGGGCGUCCAGCUGUGUGAAGACCGGCAGAAGGGCGGACUCACGUACUCUAUCCGCGCUGUAGGCCCCGUACGCGCGUCAUUGGACGACGUCAUGGAUAUCUUUCUGGCGCAGAACACGGUGGACUACCGCUCGCUCAUGCAAUUGCAGCUUCGCGAGUAUUUUGCCGAUGCUGCUGUCCUCUUCCACAAGGAACAGAAUGAGUCGGAGGCGCUGAGCAUCAAGUGGACGGCUGCGCGCACGAAGAAGAGUGUGGCCAGUCUCGGCGGACAUGUGGGCGUCGACUUUUGCUUCCUCGAAUACGCUGGCGUCAUCUCCUCGAACCUCGUGGACGGUAACAGCAGUACACUGAAAGGCUCUUCGUCCUCUACCAAGGGCACACCUGUGGGCGUCUGUCUCUACGAGUCAAUCGACCAGGCUGAGUGUCCAUCACUCUAUGACUCGCACAAACUCGAGCGCGCUAGUGUGUCCAAGUGCGGCUUCAUCUUCCGUCCCCACGUGGACGACGGCGUGGUCGAAGCCACGUUCGUCUGCAGCAUCCGACAGCCGCCAGGAGCACGCAGUAAACGUCGCUGGAACCGCGCUCUCUUGGCGCAUUGGGCUGAAUGUGUAGGUGGCAUCGAAGAAGCCAUCAGUCGACGACGUAUCUCCAAGGAACUGACCAAACGUCGAGUGCCCACGUGGGUGAACGACAAGGACCGCGCGUGCUGCCACUUGUGUCUGAAGACGUUCACAAAUACGCGACGUAAACACCACUGUCGCGCAUGUGGAGAGAUCAUCUGUAGGGCGUGUUCGGUCUACAAGAGUGUGGACUUACAGUCUGUGGGAUUAACCACACUACGCGUAUGCAAAGCCUGCAUGGAUGGAACGUCCACUACUGCCGCCGAUCGCGAGAAGGAGGAGGCCAAUCUCAAGGCUGCAGCGGCUGUGGCUGCUGCAGCAAGUGGGGUCACAGCUGACGGUGUUGCAUUGCCUGAAGGUGUGGACAACGCUAUUUUGCGAGACGCAGUGGAAGAGUACGCCUUGGCGCUCCCCGGUGCUCAGGUAUCUACUGUCCCUGACCUCGUUGGAAUUGCCUGGCUACAGCAAUUAGCAGCUAGAGACCAGGAGAGCAAGGCCAUGGUCAAUGCCCUGAUGGAACGACUACGUAUAGAUUCUCAGCAGAAGGACGUGGGAACCACUGAAGAGCAGGUGGACAUCUACGAUACACUUUGUGAUCUGGCAGCUCAGACACUGGCCUGCAAAUACGCGGUUGUCAGUCUGGUGGACGAGAACCGUCAGUGGUUCAAGAGUGCUGUGAACGUCAAGGAGUCCGAAGUGCCGCGCGACUUCAGCUUCUGCGAGUAUCCGGUACGGGACCAGCGACCACUUGUGGUCAUGGAUACAUUACGCGACCCACGCUUCAGAACGAAUCCGUUCGUGACUGGCCCAUUAGGUGUGCGCUUCUUGGCCGGCGCACCGCUGUUCACAGUGGACAAUGAGUGUGUUGGUGCAGUGUGCGUGCUGGAUACGGCACCUCGAGAGUCUCUGCAAGAGUCGCAGAUCGCUACUAUGCAGAACUUGGCACACUUGGCCAUGGUUAUGGUGCAGGAGCGAAGAGAAGCACAGAAUAAAGUUGCACGCGCUAUGGCAGCAUCCUCUCAAAUUGUACCAGCGCGUCAGAAUGGCGGACAACUCACUAACAACGCCGGUUCCUCUGAUCUCGUGCCGCUGAGCAGCUACUCUGAGACGUCUAUGGUUGUACAAGGUCGCGAGAGACCCAAGGAGGACCCUGUGCUUAAGGAACAAAUGAUUCAACUACUGCACAAGGCUUCACAGGUUCGUGACCAAGUGAACCAGCAGACACACAAGCAACAGGCAGGACUCCAAAGUUCAGCUGAAUAGACCAGCCCUCAACGCAUAAUCGUCGGGAACGUCAUCACACAUUUACGCUCCGCUUCAUUUUCUUGUGAGGAUGGCGUGACGUACACUUAGCAAUACAUGGGGCCAGGAUCGGCACAAGCUCUACAACGCGUUUAUCGAAGAACAUCACGGCGAAGAUCCAGAAUUUUGAGCACUGGAAGCGCCUGCAAGUUGGCGAUAGCAGCACAAUGCAUAAAGUGAGGAGAGCGAUUGUGGCGUGGAGCACGGUUGUAAACGUCAGUGGGUGGAGUGAUGCUGACGGAAAUGGAGCGUGUUAGAGUGAAAAUGUUUUUAUAUUGUCAAAUUUUGCUAGAGUUCAUUAUCUUCGCGUUGGAUGCCUAGUCUUGCAGUUCAGCUGGUUUAAAAGAGUCAGCCUUGCGUCGGUAUUCUUUCUGUGUGCUAGCGCUCUACAGCAGCUACUCGUGUACCAUCACGCGGCGGUAUUGCUGUUGAGACAGAAGAGAUUGACGAUAUCGAAGCUGAGUGCGCAGGCUCAAAUACGAGCGGAGGUGAGCCACCGGAAGAAUCAACCGUGUAGUCGAGAUCGCUAUUGUUGACUGCGGGUCGAUCGUCGCAGCGUUCGCGGACUCGACAGACGACUGCUGGACGUUCCGGUAAUGUAUCAGAGAUCUCUGAUGCCAUGUUUUCGUGUAUAGUCCACCUCUGGUUGUGCUAGCUCCGAACUUGACAUUUCACAAGAGCCUCGUCUCCUCAAUGGGGAGUGUUCUCUAAUAAUAUUGGACUACAUAGAAGACGGUGUUGCAGCAUCAUUUGUGGACGUCCUGCUCUCUCUACUUGCGGUUAGCUCGGCAACACUCGUAGGUGAAGGCAGUGGAGCAACAGGUGAAGCUCCGGAUCUGGUUGAAGAGCUGGAAGCUGGUCUUCGUUGCUGGUGAGCCUGCUGCUGGACACGUCGAACCUGCACCAUCCACUGCUGACAUUGAGCAGCCGACGGUGCCAUGAGCUCUUCUUUCAAGACGUCUCCGCUCAUAGUAGCCACUGGUGGGUAGUACUCGAGGUCGCAUCGUGCUUUAUUCUUCUUGGGCACGACAUUGAGAAGCUGCGUGGCCAAGUCGAUAGUGAUGAUCUCAGUGUCACUAUCGCUUUCAUCCUGGCUUUCUUCACCUCGUGGUGGGGACUGCAGUUCAAGUAAGAGCUUUCCGUCUCGUGCCACGAUUGUGCAACUGCAUGGUGUUCACUCGAACAAAUGGGGAAAAUAUUUUUUAUGACAGCAAAGUUUUUUAUUUACUAAAGGGGCUCAUUAUACAGUG